AUGGAAACAAUGGAAGAUAGAAAAAGAACCUACUCGGAACAAAGCUCGUCUUCAUCGGACAAAAGUCCUCCUCCUAAGAGACAACUUUUAUCAUCACAACAAUCAAGGCCAAGUCAAAGUGUAAAUGGUCAAGCCACUUCCUCCUCAAGUAGCUCAAAUAAUAACCAGGAUUUUGCUAAUCUGGAUAUUUCUGAUCCAAAAUGGCUCGAGUGUUUUCAAAAGGAAGCUAUUAUCCGUGCUUUGCGAGAGUAUAAACGUGAAAGUGAGCGGAUAAAUAAAUGGAACGAACAACUUAAAGAAAAGCAGAUUAAUUAUGAAGACCAUUUAAGUGUUGUAAAUAGGUGUUGGAAUAAGCUACUAAACGAUUUACGAAUGAUUAUAUCCAGAGUUGAUGAAGAUGGAUAUUUGUCGAGCUUGAUUCCUUCAGACGUGCAACUUAGAGAAUCAAAAUUCCUUGCUCAAAUAUCACAAUUUGAGCAAGAUGAUGGAAUUAUCGAAAGUAUUGAGAAAUCAUUGUCAGAAAAGUUUGAAAUUACUAAAGAAGUUAUUACCGUACUACUAGAGAAGAUAAUUGCGUGGAUAGAACAAAGAAAUAAAUUAAUAAAAUUCUUACAAAAUGAAAAAGAUCCAUUGUUGAAGGAGAGUAAAGUAAUUAUAAGCCUUAAGAAUGAAAACGAAAGCCUGAAUCUUCUCAACAAGCGUAAUCAGAAGGAACUCGAUGAAUUACAAGAACAGCAUCACACGGUAUCAUUCGAGAUGAGUACUAUCAAGGACGAACUCGAAAAAACAAAAAAUCGACUUGAAGAAGUUGAAGGACGUCUUGAGAUUACUAAGGAUGAGCUUUCACAGGCAGAAAAGCGCUUUGAUAGAUCUAAAAGCGUGACUCUUGGACUUUGGACACAUCCUGGAAGUAAUAUCUUCGGAUCGUCAUCCGUUCCUGAGAAUGAUAAGUCCAAUCAUAGUAAUCGUCAAACAGAAGAAAAUUUAAAACAAUUUAAAUUUUUGGCCGAAUCACGAUUGAAAGAAUUGGAGGACUUAUCUAACGAACGAUCUAAAUUAAAGGAAGAAAUUCUUCAUCUCCGAGAACAAAUUAAAAACCUUCCUGAAGACCGUAUAAUAGAGUCGCAAGUUUAUCGAAAUUUACAAGUUCAAUAUUUUCAUUGUAAAGACACUUAUGAUUAUAUGCGGACGGUUAUGGAACAGAAUAGUCGUGACAUGGAAAAAAUGACAGCAACGCGAAACUCGGCCACAAAUCAAAUACAAGAAGAAACAAAACAAACUAUAAAAGAAACUGAAGAUCAAUUGAAUAAGCUUCUUUUUGAUCUAGAUCGAAUUCGUGCUCAAAGAGAUGAUGUUUCAAUGGAGGUGGAUAAAUUGAGAGCAAUGUUACCGCAAGAAUUUCGUCAAAUAUCUGCCCUAAGGGUACUCGCUAAUGAUAGAAAAACAAUAAUACGUCAGUUAAUGACAGAGAUUCAGAGGCUUAAUAUGAAGAUUUCUGCUAGUGAAGGUAAUAAACAAGCAAUCGAUUUUUAUUGUACACCUGCAGAACCACCGGAUGUUACUUAUGAGGAAAUUCAACAAGGAAAAAAUUCAUUUGAGUUAAUAAAAAAACAAUUAUCAUAUGAUCAUCAUCUACAAGAAGAACUAAACAAAUCAGAGAAAAUAAGAAUCGAGCUUCAAAGAGAAAUUGAUGAGUUAAAGAACAAUUUUGACAUGGGAGAUUAUCAUGAUGUUAUAACUUCGAAGGCUAGGUUAAAACAAGAAGUGGAAGAAUUAAAAAGUAGGCUGGAUGAAUAUGACGAGAAAUAUGGUAUUAAAGAUCCCGGAGAUGAUCCAUUACAUAUGCUUACUACAAAGAUCGAAGAAGCCGAGAAGAAGAUUGAGAAAAUUGAGUUAGAGUGCGAUUAUCUAAAAAAAUUAUUACAAGAACUUGAAGUUUUAGGUGAUCACUGGGCACGUCAAGACCAAGAAAAUACUGUCAAAGUUUUUGAAAUUAUAGCACAUGAUGAAAGAUUGCAAAAUGCGCGAGAAUCUGAAGCAAAAGUGAAACAGAAAUUGAACUCCAUAUGGAUGGAAAAUGUUUCUUUAAAAAAACAGAAGAAUCAUUUAUCUACGGUUAUUCAAAAUCAAACGGAUCUCUUACGACAAAAAGGCUAUCUGGAAGAGAAUCUCAAAUCACAACUGGAUAAUGCCAACAAAGAACUAGGAUGUUCCAAACAAGUUGUAGAUGUACAUAAACUUAAAUUGCAUGAAUUUACACAACAGAAUAAAGAUUUGAAAGAUAAGAUUGAAAGAAGUAUGACUACACAUAACGAGUUGAAAAAACAACUCGAAGAGAGCAUAAAAUCAUGUGAAAAAGAAGCCCACAAGUCAAGAAGAUUGACCGAAGAGGUUGAAAUGUAUAAAAGACAAGCUGAAGAUCAUCGAAGGACACAAGUAUCAGACACUACUGAGCAACAACUAAUUCAGAAUUAUGAGAAACUACUUAAAUGUUCGUCUUGCGCUAUUCGAUUCAAAUCGCAUUGCUUAUUGAAAUGUAUGCAUACAUUUUGUAAGGAAUGUCUUGAAGCACAAGAAAAAGCACGUAACCAAGUAAAAGACUUAGAUCUUUAUGAACUUCUUGAAAUUAAUUACAAUAGCACAAGAGAAGAAAUUGAUAAAGCAUAUCGUCGUAAUGCUUUUAAAUAUCAUCCUGAUAAAAAUAUAAAUAAUGUUGAAUCAGCAACCAAAUUAUUUCAUCAAAUAUCGAUUGCUUACGAAACAUUAACUGAUCCACGGAAAAAAUUGGAAUAUGAUAACAUUUAUAAAGCAAAGAUUGAGAGCAAGAAAAGAUUUGAAAAGUUGGAUGCUAAACGAAAGGUUAUGAAAGAAGAACUUGAGGAAAGAGAGAAAGCUGCAAAACAGACGAAAAAGGCAACAACUUUUUCACAGGAAUCUCGAGAGGCAAAGAUUGAACGGAUUAAGGAGGAAACAGCUCGAAGAAGGCAGGAAAAAGAGGAAAAGUUACGACUUUCCGAUCAAAGGUCGAAAGCAUCAACAACACAGAGAACUAAUUCAGCACAAAGGCCUUCAUCAAAGCAAACAUUUGGAUAUAAAGAUUUUGAAACAAUUGUUUUGAAUAAAAUGAUUGAACGAGAAAGGUUAGACAGAGAAAAAUUUGGAGAGAAAAGUGAAUCAAGUAUGGAAGUAUAG